AUGGGGCCCCUGCUCGCGCUCCCGCUGCUGCUGCUGCUGCUGUUGCUGCCGCGCGGCCCGCCCGCCGCCCCCGCGCCCCGCGCCCGGCCGCUCCCGGGGCUUCUCGGCUGCUUAUUUGAGGAUGGCCUUUGCAGACCGUCUGAGACCUGUGUAGAUGACGGAGUGUUUGGAAGGUGCCAGAAGGUUCCGGUGGUAGACAUAUACCGCUAUGAAGUGUCGCCGGUGGUUCUGCAGCACCUGACAACUACCUUGCAGAAGCUCUCCCGCACAGGUUUCACAUGGCAGGAUGACUAUACCCAGCAUGUUAUGGCCCAGGAACUCUCAAACCUUCCCAAAGCCUACCUGCAACGUCCUGAAAGUUCCAACCCAGCCAGGACCUCAAAGCAGAGUGUUGAUAAUGAAAGGAGGUACAGUCAGGAGGGCGAUGUUGCACUGGCCAAGGCCCUUCAGCGCUACCUGCCGUACCUAGAGGUCCUGUCCCAGGCCACCGCCCCGAACCUGCUCCCCAGGAUGAAGCAUGACAGACCACCAUCUCAGGGUGAGGACCACCUGGCUGAGAGCAUGCUGACUUACGUGACCCAAACCUCUGCUCUGACCUAUGUCCCUACACUCCGAGCAGAUUACCCUGUGGGCCGCCCACUGCAAACCCUCAGCCGGCUCCAGCCCGACGAGCUCAGCCCGAAGGUGGCAGGUGGUGUGGACAGACAGAAUCUGGUUGCUGCGCUGGGCACCUAUACGGCUCGGAAGCCCCCGGCAUCCCUCAGGGAGGGUGACCUGGGACCGCGCAACAUUCUGCGCGCACCUUGGAGAAUGCUGAGGGUCCUCUCAGCCCCAGCUGCCCCCCAGAAAUGGCCUUUGUCUCCAGAAGAUUCCAAAGACCCCCUGGUCAGGGGCGAUGAAACACUUAUUCAGAAUCUCCUGAAGGACCUGAGAAAGCAUCAGGUUGACGUGGAGAGUCUGAGCCCCCCGGACCUCGACGAGAUGGCCCAUGUGAUUGCUAAUGCCAUGCAAGGUGUGGGUACAGAAGGGGAGCAGGAAGGAGCCGGGAGGGCAGCCGGAGGAAAACCGAGAGAGCAGGCAGACAGCCCGGAAGCAGCGCUCUACAAAGACAGCAAGAAGGAUGGAGAUGUGCAAGAUAACAGAGUGCAAGACAAUGAUGGUAGAGUUUACGAAGAGGUCAAUCGUUUGAGCCUCAACCUCGGGGACUCCCUGCAGGAUCCUGGGUCUCAAUUCUCGCCUGGAGCCCCCGCUCUUGCGGAGUCCUUCAAAACAGAGAUUAAGAAAUCAGAGAACCCAGAGGCCUCCCUGUCUUCGGAAGAGGAGAGUGCUGGGGUGGAGAAUGUAAGGAGUCAGACCUACGUUAAAGAGCUCUUGGAGAGGCCCAGGGUCGACAGGUUUGGGGAAUUCCAACGCCGGAUUCCGGGGGCCUGGAAGGAGGGCCAGCACCUCCGAGCAGGAGCUCAGGGACGCCCCGGCGAAGGCCUGCGACUGGAAGUCCAGUCUUCUGAGGAGGAGUCCGGCUACAUUGUGACGGACAAUGAACCCCUGAGCCUGGAAAAGGGGAAGGAGUUGAUGGAGGGCGUCGCACGUCUCCUCAAGGUGCCGAUGAGCGUCUUCACAGACAUCGAUGUUCUGGGACCAGCAGUGACCUUCAAAGUGAGCACCAAGGUCCGAAACGUGACGACUGCAGAGGCUGUGAAGGCAGCAGCUGACAACAAGGACAAACUGGAAGAAAUGUCUGGACUGAAAAUCCUUCAAACCGGAGUCGGGUCGAAAAGCAAACUCAAGCUUCUGCCUCAUCAGGCAGAGCAAGAGGACUCAACCAAGUUCAUCGUGCUCACCCUGAUUUCCAUCGCUGCCAUCCUGGGGGUCCUCCUGGCUUCCGGCAUCAUCUACUGUCUUCGCCACGGCUCUCACUACAGGCUGAAGGAGAAGCUCUCAGGACCAGGGGGCCACCCGGGCCCGGAUGCCACGGCCGCCUACCAGGAGCUGUGCCGGCAGCGCAUGGCUGUGCGCACAUCUGACCGCCCCGAGGCCCCGCACACGUCCCGCAUCAGCAGUGUCUCGUCUCAGUUCAGCGAUGGGCCGAUGCCCAGUCCUUCUGCAAGGAGCAGCACCUCGUCCUGGUCCGAGGAGCCCGUGCAGCCCAACAUGGACAUCUCCACUGGCCACAUGGUCCUGGCCUACAUGGAGGACCACUUGAAGAACAAGAACCGGCUAGAGAAGGAGUGGGAGGCGCUGUGUGCCUACCAAGCAGAGCCCAACAGCUCACUUGUGGCCCAGAGGGAGGAGAACAUGCCGAAGAACCGCUGCCCGGCAGUGCUGACCUACGAUCACUCCAGGAUCCUGCUGAAGUCGGAGAACAGCUACAGCAACUCCGACUACAUCAACGCCAGCCCCAUUAUGGAUCAUGACCCCAGGAAUCCUGCGUAUAUCGCCACCCAGGGACCACUGCCUGCCACCGUGGCUGACUUCUGGCAGAUGGUGUGGGAGAGCGGCUGUGUGGUUAUCGUCAUGCUGACCCCCCUCUCGGAGAACGGCGUCAGACAGUGCUACCACUACUGGCCGGACGAAGGCUCCAACCUUUAUCACAUCUACGAGGUGAACCUGGUCUCUGAGCACAUCUGGUGUGAGGAUUUCCUCGUGAGGAGCUUUUAUCUGAAGAACCUUCAAACCAACGAGACGCGCACCGUGACCCAAUUCCACUUCCUGAGCUGGUAUGACCAGGGAGUGCCUUCCUCCACGAGGUCCCUUCUGGAUUUCCGCAGAAAAGUAAACAAGUGCUACAGGGGCCGUUCUUGUCCAAUAAUUGUGCACUGCAGCGACGGCGCGGGCAGGAGUGGCACCUACGUCCUGAUCGACAUGGUUCUCAAUAAGAUGGCCAAAGGCGCUAAAGAGAUUGACAUCGCGGCAACACUGGAGCACCUGAGGGACCAGAGACCAGGCAUGGUCCAGACAAAGGAGCAGUUCGAGUUCGCGCUGACGGCGGUGGCCGAGGAGGUGAACGCCAUCCUCAAGGCACUCCCCCAGUGAACCGCACGCUCCUGAGGCCGCGGAGCAACCCCUCACCCCGUGAAUGUUGUUGGGAAUCAUGAUAUGACCUAAUUGUGUGUCUUGUAGUGUAACCACCCAGUAAUAGGGCCCUUAAAAUCCAGUAGUCAGUACAGUUUAGCAGUUAAAAUGUGUAUUUUUGUUCAACCAAAUAAUAAUAAAGAGAGAUUUAUGGAAACAUCCAAUUACAGGGGGCAACCAGUUCGUCUAUUUUCACUUUCUUGAAAAAAAAAAUUAAUUUUCCUUAAA